CAAACCGGGGUAGUUACCACUGCAUUAGUGUUCCUGUACACUGAAAUGUUGCAUUCCCGCGGCCUUUCCAGACCUGCAAAACCUAUUGAGCCUAAGCAAUCGCUAUCGAUAUUCUAAAAUUCUCUCUUAUGUACCCAGUUAACUAACUAGGAUGGGAAUAGUGUAGGGGGCAGUGGGGACUCGUCUUCGAGUCCCCGGACCCUCGAGCCCUGCCUCGAGACCGUUCGCUGUCUUUAACAAGUUCAGCAUUUAGGAUGGACCCAUUUAAGCCUCCACGGAAGGGUCCCGCCAAGCGCGGGAACCUGGCUAUGGGAGUUGGGCAUAUACCAGCCCCACCGACAGCUUACAAGCAGCCAGGGCCUCCGCAGGCGGGCCGCAAACCGCAGGGCCUUCUUCAGACCAUUAAUAAGCUGGAGCAGGAAUCAGAGGACCGGGCGUUCCAGCUUAUUCACUUAAGGACCUUGGUGCUCAAGCUGGAGAAGGAGAAGGAGGACGCAGCAACCGUGUGCCAGGAUCUAAAGCGGGAAAAUGCAGAGCUGCAGCAGGAGCUGUCAAAAACAAACACCGAGUUCCAGCGCCUCAAGCGUGAGCACAACGAGCUGCGCUGUCGGCAAUGGCUUGACAACGCGCAGGGACUCAGCCACGUGCGCGCGGCAGCAGCCGAGGCAGCGGCAGCUGCCGCCGCUGCCGCCAGCACACCGCUGGGGCACCCCGUCUUCAGCACCACCGCUGCAGCAUCCACUCACGGCCGCAGCGUCGCAGCCGGAGAGCUAGGCGGCCUGAACAACACCAGCGGGACCGACAUGGUGCUCACAACCACCGCGGAUGACCCGGGCCCUUCCUCCCCUCGGAGCGACACGCUGGGUGCAACACCGCCCAACGGCCCGGUAGCUGAGCCCACGCCGGCGCUAACCAACCUGCUCGUCGCCCAAGCGCUGUGCGCGAUCGAGGAGUCGCAGGAUGAGGAGGGCGCAGCGGCGCCCUCUGAGGCAGCAGUCCCGGUGCUGGUGCCUUCCCUAACGCCGCGCAGUAAAUCCAUGGCGGCUUCCGUUUCAGUAGCCAUGCCGUCCGACGGCGGUGGCGGUAGCGGCGGCGACGGCGCAGCGGCCCUGGCGCGGACGAGCAACAGCACCGGCAGCGCUGCAGCUGUGGUUGCUGCCGCAGCCGCGGUGGCGCGCUGCAGCUCCGCUAAGACCCACACCUCCUCGCAUACGCCCCCCACGGGCAGCGGAGGCGGCGGGAUCCCCGCGCCCACCGGCCCGCCGGUAGCAACCCCACCCAUGUCUCCCGCUGUGGUUGCACGCGCGGGCUCCGUGGUAGCGCAUGGCCCCUCUUCGGCCGCAGGGGCAGCCCCGUCCGCAGCAGCAGCAGCGGCCACGUCAACCGCUGCGGCCGCUGCCGGAGCAGCGACGGUGCCGGUCGGUGGGCUGCCUUCGCAGCAGUUUCACCAGCAGAAGGCGGCAGCGGCAGCACAGGCGCUGCUUCAGGAGGAAGUACGGCUGCUUUCCGUACAGCUUUCUGACUUUAAGGAGCGUGUGAUGUAUCUGCAGCAGGAGCUUGCGGAGGAAAAGGGCAAGCAUGACACCAGCAUUGCCGCCAAGCGGGAGGUUGAGAGGCGGUUGGCGGAGCUGGCGGCGGCGGUUAGCGGCGGCGGCGGAGGUGACGGCGGCCAUGGCGGCGGCGGCGGCAGCCGUCAGGGCUGGCGGAACAGCAGCGGCGGUGCGGGACGGGAGGAGCGGACGGGAUCCCGGGAGAUGGCGCGUGCGGUGAGCCACCACAUCCACAGCCCCGUGCGUGGCGCUGGCGGCGGCGGAGGAGGCGGCGGGGGUGACGGCGGCGGAGGCGGAGGCGACGUGGGCACUCCGCUGCGUGAUCGUGAGCGCGAGCGCGAGCAGCGUGGUGCGGCUGGAGGUGGAGGCGGUGCGUUGAGUGCGGCGACGGAGCAGCACUUGGUCACGUUGCAGGACCUGGCCACAAAGCUGAGGGAGGAGAAGGAGCAAGCGGUGGCGGCGAAACAGAAGGAGGCGGAGGGAAUAAAACAACAGUUGGUUGCGGCAAACAAGGAGGUGGAGUCUCUGAAGCAGCAGCUCGGGGAGGCCCAGCGGGUGAUUGUGGAGAAGCUGUCCAGGGCGCCCUCGGCUGAUGACAUGGCGGAACUGAAGUCGCACAUCGACAAACUCAAGCGCCAGCUGCACAGCAAGAACAAGCACGUGGAGGAGGCGAAUGCGCGCGUGGCGGCCCUCAUGAAGGAGCUGGCCAUGCGCGACGUAGCAGCGGCGGCGGCAGCAGCGGCAGCGGCAGCCGCCGCCUCCGAGGCAGCCAGCGCCGAGCCCAGCGGCGGCGCCGUCAGCAGCAUGGCGGAACCGUCAACGGCGGCGCCGCCGGGUGGGGAGUUGCAGCAGCGGGCGGAGGCGGCGGAGGAGCGCGCGGCUGCGGCGGAGGCUCAGGCGGAGGAGUUGCGGAAACGAGUUGCCGUAGUGGAGGCGACGUUGGCGGAGGCAUCUGGCGCGGUGGGUGAAGCGUCCGGGGUGACGUCGCCUGUGGCGGUGGCAACGGUUGCGGCAGAAGGCGGCGGCGGCGGUAGCAUUAAUGCUACGGCGCAAAGCAGUGCUGCUGCAGCUGAGCCGCAGGGUGCGCUGAAGCCUGACCCUGAUGCCGCAGCUGCCGUCGCCGCUGCAGAGAAAGCGGCCAGUGACGCCGCCGCCGCCGCUGCGGCCGCCGCAGCCAUCGCCGCGAAGCUGGCGGAGGCGGAGGCGCGUGUACGGGAGCUCGAGGCGCUGGCGGAGGCGACGGCGGCGGAGCGGCAGGCCGCCGCUCGUGCUGCGGAGCAGGCCCAAAGCGCCAGCGACGCCAAGGAAGCGGAGCAUGCAGCCGCGCUGUCAGAGCUCCAGGGGCGUUGCAGUGCACUGGGGGAGCAGGUCGAGCAGGCGACGGCACGGGCAGCGGCGGAGGAGGCGCGGGCUAAUGAAGCCCGCUCCAGGGUUUCCGAGCUGGAAUCAGAACUCGCGGCGCAACGUGCGGGGUCCGAGGCCAAAGCGGCGGAGCUGCAGCGGCAGCUGGAAGCGGGUCGCCGAGAGGUGGCGGCGGCGUCGGCGGCACUUGCGGAUGCUCAGGCGUCGCUGGCGGCGGCGACUCAGGAGCUCAACCGUCGGAGUCGGGAAUUGGAGGAAACGCGUGGUGAGUUCGCAGCGCUGACGGCAGAGCUAGCGGAGGUACGGGAGGGUGCAGCCGCGGCGGCGACUCGGGCGGCGGCGGAGCUAGCGGAAGCACGAGCCUCUGCGGAAGUGGAGGCGGAGGCUGCGGCGGCCGCACGUGCUGCCACUGCGGAGGCUGCGGCGGAGGCGGCUCGGCUGGGCGGCGAGUUGGAUGUUUCUCGUGGGGAAUGCGGGGAGCUGCGGGGUCGGCUGGAGGCGGCGGCGACGAGGGCGGCGGAGCUGCAGACGCGUGUGGCGGCGGUGGAGGCAUCGUGUGAGGCGCAGGUGGCGGCGCUGGCUCAGCACGACACCGCGAUAGCGGAGCUGCAUGGGCGCAUGCGGGAGUUGACGGAGCGGUUGGAGGGGGUAACGGCGGAGCGGGAUGCCGCGGCGGGGGAGGCGGCGGUGGCGCGUGAGCUGGUGGGGCGGCGGGAGGGCGAGCUGGCGGCGGCGAGGAGGGAGGCGGAGGGGCUGAGAGGCGAGCUGGAGGCGAGGAGCGCGGAGUUGGCGGAUACGGCAUCCCAGCUGGCCUCCUCCCUAGAGCAGCUGGCGGCCGCCGCGCCCUCCCUGGCCUCCCUGCGCUCCUCACUCGACCAAUCCCAGGCGCGAGUGGAGGAGCUCAGUGCGCAGCUGGCGGCAGCAACGACCCGCGGGUCAGAACUGGCCUCCGAGCUGGCGGCGGCGACGACCCGUGGGUCGGAGCUUGCAGGCCGGCUGGGUACCGCGGAGGGGCGGCUGGCGCAGCUCAGUGACGCGCUGGCGGAUAGAGACCAGGAGGUCGCCAGCCUGCGCUCCUCGCUAUCCUCCCAGGAGUCCAGCCUGGCCGACCUGGCCGCGCGCAACAGCCGCAUGCAGGCGCUGAUCAAGGAGAUGGCGGGGCAGAUGGAGGUGCUGCAGGGCAGUCUGGCCAAGCAGACGGGGCUGGUGGGCAAGCUGGAGGCGGCGCUGCGGGCGGCGGGCAUGCAGACGGCGGAGAUCGAGGAGCUGCACAGGAGCCAGUCGCUGGCUUACAAGGAGCGCAUCGAGGACACCCAGCGCCAGCUCAGCACCACCCGGCUCAAGCUGACGGAGCUGAGCAAGGAGGUCAACCGCAUGACCGCCAACACCAACGGAGGAGCCUCCCCGGGCGCCAUGCUGGCCUCCUCCCGGGGCGAGCUGGCGGGACUGUUCAGGAAGGCCAAACACGUGGCACUGGCCUUCCGCCUCAGCUUGCCCACCAUCCUUUCCAAGCAGCUUCGAACCGACGGCGCCAACGUUACCGAACUCCAACUCUUUCAGCUACUCCACGCUGUGCUAGCAGCGCUCGAAGCCAGCGGCGGCGUCGCGACCUCCAACAACUCCUCCACCUCCUCAUCCUCACCGCCACCCCCACCGCUAACACAGACACCCUCCCAGUCGCUCUCUCCCACGCCAGUACCGCUGCCCCCGCCGCCGCUGGUCGCCUCCCACGCCGCUGUCGCCGCCGCCAGCCAUCCCGUCCUGGCGGCGCCUCCGGCGACCACCCCCAGCGGUGCUCGUCCCAACAGCAACAGCGCUGCGCCCUCGCCGCUGCCCCCCCACUACGACGUGCGCGCAGCCCUGGCAGGGCACUCGCAGGUCUCCUCCCCUGUGGGCUCCCCCGCAGAGAACCCAUCGCUACACCGCUCCAUUAGCGUCGUCAGCCCCAGCGGAGCUGGCGGCGGCGGCGGCAGCAGCGGUGGCGGAGGAGUCAGCGCCAGCGGCGGCCCCAAGUCGCCCACCAAGUGCAGCAGCGUUCCGAUUCUGGUGGGAAUGAUUGGACCCAAUGUCGCAGCGUACCUGCCAGCGGCCAUGGCGGCGGUGGCGGCGGCGGCGACCUCCGGCGGCAGCCCUCCGACCGCCAGCGGGACUACCGCCGGGGCCACCUCCUCAGGGGCUUCCGCGGUGGAUCAGGUGACGUCACCCGCAACCGCCACCGCGGCACCCUCCUUCCGCAGCCAAAGGAGGAGUAACGGCGGCGGCGGCGGCGGCUCCGUCGUCAGCAGCGGCGGCGCAGGUUUCCAGAGCAUCCUAACGGACUACCAUGAAAGCACCGCCGCCGCAGCAGCGCAAGCCGCCGGCGGCGGCGUUGGCGGCGGCAGCAGCGUCAGCGUGCCUGGCGGCGGCGGCAUCGGCGGCAUCGGCGGCCGCGGCGGCAGCGCUGGUCGUACUCGCAACCUCACGGAUACGGGCUCCCUGGUGGCGAACCAUGACCACAGCCGGCCGCCCAGCAUGUCGGGCAGUGUGCUAGAGGACGUGGUACGGGAGGUUUCACAUGACUUGUACGACAGCAUAGAAUCCCUACCUGGCGUGCAUGCCAUUCCGGGCCACAUCCAGCGCGCCGCCGCCACAGCAGCGGCCGGCGGUAGCGGUGCUGCUGCCGCCACAGGCAGUGGGAUACCCCGGAGUCGCCCGGCUAGCAACACCAGCCGGCCCGGCAGCGGGCGACAACCGGAACCGAACCCGGGGUUACGGCCGAGCAGCAGCCGACGACACUCGGAUUCAGGAGCUUUGCUGGCGGCGGUGGCGGCAGCAGGGGGCGGCGGCAGUGGCGUGCUGUCGGGGAUACCGCCGGUUCCGCCAAAGCUGCCUCCGCUGUCGUCACGACCCGGCACUGCAACCGAAUUGUAGUGGGGAUUCCAACGUGUAUUGGGUGGGCGGCGGCGAAUCCAGAUGUGGGGGAGUCUUACAGCAGCUUCGCUUUUAACGAGGCCGCCCGGCCAUUACCUGCUGCAGCCAGCAGAUGUAUCACGUGAAGGGACUUCCGUCGUGGGGUUGUCAAACACAAACGCCUGCCUUGGGACGAUUUUGGCAGUCGUCGGUAAAGGGUUGCAUCCAGCUGUGGACGCCUUGUCGUGUGCCGUAAUGGCGCUUUUAGAUGCCCGCAUGAGGGCGGUUUGCGGUUAUGGCCCGGUGGUGGUACUGUUAGUGCUUUUAUGCAUGUGCGUUGGGCACGUGAGCUGUGCAUAUUGCCGCGGGGGCAUCGCAUGUACUGCAAAGAUGAUUAUGUGUGGGGUUAUGGGGCAGGCGGAGUCGGUGCUUUUGUGCGGCGCCGCUUCGUGCCCGUGUGUAGGGCUUCUUUUUGCUGGCGUUUGGGAUUGAUUGUCUGGUGGCUCAGGACCAGCCUCAGGUGUACGGUACUAGGAAUGCUACCGAAUUAUUGUUGUGGGUUUUCUGACUUGCUGAAUGGGAUUUAUGCUGUACAUAUUGCUAAUGGAAAUUAGCUUUUACAGGCUCGUGAGCGCAAAGGUAGUAUAGAUACGGCGGAAAGGCAACACAUAGGCAACAGGCCAUGCAUGGGCUUCACACUUUCACGGACAGGGUUUGUUGGCUGUUGCAGCUGCUGCAGUGCGCUGCCAAUAGCGUGAGGAGCGAGUCUGCUGCAGUAUUCAGCGCAGACGGCUCAAUGCUGACCUGACCUGGGGUGCUACCCAUCCGUCGCGGCACCGACUGCUACCAGCAACAGUACGGCCUACUCAGCACACAACUCAUGGGUCAUGGCAACACCGAUAGUUACCAUGUCGUUACCGGUGUAUUUCGUCUACGGUGUGGCUGAACGCAUCACACAAAUGUAAGAAGCUAUCGCGCAUGCCGUCAUGGAUGUUACCGAGAAACCGAGGAACUUGGAAUCCUCAGGCAGUCUGGACGCUGG